AUGUCAGAGAAGGAACAGCCUCCGAUGAUGGACCAGAAACUGUGCGUCGCCGGCUGCGGCUUCUUCGGAUCCUCGCAGACCUCGCAGAUGUGCUCAAAGUGCUGGAAGGACUCGAUGUCCAAGUCUAUGCUAGGGGCGGAGGGAAAGAAAGAGAACGGUGCAGGCGCAGGGUCCUCCUCCUCCUCUUUGCCAUCGUUGUCCGAGCCCUCUCCGAUGGAGGAGAGCAGCACAACACCACCAGACGCAGCAGCACCAGCAGAAGGAGGGGACGGGUCCGGAGUAGGCACGGGGGGAUCAAGCGGCGCCAGCAGCAGCAGCAGCACCGCCGCUGCCGUCGCCGCCCCACCCCUCACACCACCACCGGCCGUCGCCGUCGCCGCGGCGGCUGAAACCCCGACCGUGGAGAUGACGCCGGUGCUCCCACCGCAACCCCCGUCUGCCGCCACGCCCAUGGCCGUCGCGGCGCCUGCGCCGAGCCCCCUGUCGUUCGGCGUGGGCGGGACCGCGCCGGCUAUCGGCGGGGGAGCGGCGGCGGAAGGCGCCGCGGGGGCGGCGGUGGCGACGGCGGCGGCGAUGGAGGCGGCGGCGGAGCCGGCCGCGCGUCCCGUGCAGAAGAACCGGAAACGGUGCUUCACCUGCCACAAGAAGGUGGGUUACACGGGCAUCGCCUGCCGUUGCGACUACGUGUUCUGCUCCCUCCACCGCUACCCGGAUCAGCACGACUGCACGUUCGACUUCAAGACCUCGGACAGAAAUGACCUCAAGAGGACAGUCGUGGGCGGGGGGCAGUUCAGCAAGGUCGAACGCCUCUGACGCGGCGGGUCUUUCUGACGAUCGCUGUCGAAUGACUGGCUGGCUUGGCCCUGCCCGCGCUUUGGUCGCUUUUGUCUCUCUCCUCCUCGGUGAUUUCCGUUUUAUCCUCGUGAGGCUGUUGGGUGUGAUGCUGGUUUGAGUUUUCGUUGUGUGCAUGUUUCUGUUUUUUUUUCUACAUAACAGCAAGUUUUUUUAGA